UUACAUUUCCAGCCUAAAUAACUCAUAACGUCUGAUAUACUCAGAGGAGCCCAAGAAUGAGGGGUUUUGUUUUGCUGGCGGUUUGCGCCUUUUUGGCCACCGCAUUCAGCGCACCGCUGGAGACUGUCCAGAAAAAGAGUUACAUGUAUGGACAACAUCAAGCACAAUUUCAAAAAUCGAACAAAGGCUACCAAUAUCAGGGACAGAGCCAAACUGGAAAUGGCGGAUCCCAGUCGCAACACCAGACUCAAGUUAGUACCGGCGGCGGCGGUUACCAAUAUCAAGGACAGGCUCAACACGGAAGCAGCGGCGGAAUGCAAUCUCAAACACAGGGACAAGUAAGCUCGGGAAAAAACGGCGGAUACAACGGACAAUACCAGUCACAAAAACAGAAUGGCGGCAAUGGCGGACAAGCCCAACAACAAGGACAAGUUAGUUGGGGAAAGAAGAAAGGAUACAGCGCUCAAUACCAGGCACAAAAACAAAACGGGAAAGGUGGCAAGCAAUCCCAAACACAGGGACAAGUAAGCUGGGGAAAGAAGAAAGGGUACAGCGCUCAAUACCAGGCACAAAAACAAAACGGGAAAGGUGGCAAGCAAUCUCAAACACAGGGGCAAGUGAGCUCGGGCAAAAACGGUGGACACAGCGCACAAUACCAGUCACAAAAACAGAAUGGCGGCAAUGGCGGACAAGCCCAACAACAAGGACAAGUUAGUUGGGGAAAGAAGAAAGGAUACAGCGCUCAAUACCAGUCACAACAACAAAACGGGAAAGGUGGCAAGCAAUCCCAAACACAGGGACAAGUAAGCUCAGGCAAAAACGGUGGAUACAGCGCGCAAUACCAGCAACAAAAGCAAAAAAGCAACUCAAAGUACGUGCAAAAACAGAAACAAGUUCAAAUAACCAAAACUUGGGGAAAGAAUGGAAAAAAAUCAGUUCAUAAACAGAAACAAGUUCAGAAGAGCAAAGGUUUAUACAAAUCCAAGCAAGUUCAACAGCAAAAACAGGUUCAAGGAAGCAAUGGAAAAUCUCAAUUCCAACAGCAAACUCAGGCUCAAUGGGGAAAUAAAAAGGGAGGCCAAGCACAAUAUCAGCAACAAUCCCAAAAAAAUAAAGGAGGGAAACAAUCACAAUCUCAGAGCCAAGUACAAUAUGGCAAUGGAAAGUACCAGAGCCAAGGCCAAUCUCAGAGCCAAAAAUACAAAAAGUAUUUUAACUGGGGAACACAACAGCAAUCUCAAAAACAAUCUAAAAGAGGAAGCCAACAAUCCCAAGCACAAGUUCAGGGUUCAUGGGGUGGCGGAGGCGGAGGCGGAAGCUACCAAAGUCAACACCAGCAAUCCAAUUGGGGUCAUAGUUCACAAUCUCAGUCGCAAGGAAGCUGGAAUCAUGGCGGAGGUGGAGGCAGUGCACAAGUUCAGUCCCAAAGCUCUCACAAUAGCUGGGGAAGUUCUUCUCAAAGUCAAUCGCAAGGUAGUUGGGGCAGCAACGGUUUUCAACAACAAGGGCAGUCACAGUCUUCCAACGGAGGACAUCAAUCUCAGUCACAGAGCCAAAUUAAUGCUGGAAAUGGAGGAUUCCAGGCCCAACACCAAACUCAGGUCAGCGUAGGCGGUGGGGGAUAUCAGCAUCAAGCCCAGAGUCAAGGCCAAUGGGCACGGGGAUUUCAGUCACAACACCAAGGACAAACCUCGAUAACGGUUGGAGACGUAACAGUCCAACAUCAGCACCAGAGUCAAACGCAGGUUGGCGGAUCAGGAACGCAAGUGCAAAGCCAAACUCAAACCCAAACACAGGGAGGCCAAUCACAGUCGCAAAGUCAGGUACAAGUCCAGGGAGGCGGCGGUGGAGGAGGCGGCGGCGGCGGAGGAGGAGGCGGCGGCGGCGGCGGCGGCGGCGGCGGCGGCGGAGGAGGCGGCGGCGGAGGAGAAGGAGGCGGCGGCGGAGGAGGAGGAGGAGGAGGAGGAGGCGGCGGUGGAGGAGGAGGCGGCGGAGGAGGAGGCGGCGGAGGAGGAGGAGGCGGCAAUGGUGGUAAUGGAGGAAAUGGCGGGAACGGAGGAAAUGGCGGCAACGGAGGAACUGGCGGAGGUACUUCAAAUGAUCCUUGUGCUGACGGUACAUAUCCAGAAGGAACUCUAUUUCUUUAUGAAGAAGGAUGCUAUCCGUACUAUUAUGAAUGCGUGCAUGGUCAAGCUUUACAAAGACCAUGUGCUCCGGGUACGGUAUUCAGUACUUCUGUUGGAGUGUGUAUUCAUCCGCGAGAUCAUCCGGCAUGCGAAGAUGGCGGCAACGGAGGCGGUGGCGGCAAUGGAGGAAAUGGCGGCAACGGAGGAAAUGGCGGAGGUACUUCAAGUGAUCCGUGUGCUGACGGUACAUAUCCAGAAGGAACUCUAUUUCUUUAUGAAGAAGGAUGCUAUCCGUACUAUUAUGAAUGCGUGCAUGGUCAAUCUUUACAAAGACCAUGUGCUCCGGGCACGGUAUUCAGUACCUCUGUUGGAGUGUGUAUUCAUCCGCGAGACCAUCCGGCAUGCGAAGAUGGCGGCAACGGAGGUGGCGGUGGAAAUGGCGGCAACGGAGGAGGCGGUGGUAACGGCGGCGGAGGUGGCAACGGAGGCGGUGGCGGCAACGGAGGCGGAGGUGGCAACGGAGGCGGUGGCGGCAACGGAGGCGGAGGUGGCAAUGGCGGCAACGGAGGAGGUGGCGGAAAUGGCGGGAACGGAGGAGGUGGUGGAAAUGGCGGAAACGGAGGAGGUGGCGGCAACGGAGGCGGUGGCGGCAACGGAGGAGGCGGUGGAAAUGGAGGAGGUGGCGGUAAUGGCGGUAAUGGUGGCAACGGUGGUAAUGGCGGUAACGGUGGCAACGGAGGCGGAAAUAACGGAUGCAAAAAGAACGACAAAAACUGUGGAGGCGGAGAGAAUAGUCCACAGUCACCACAGACAGGAAAAUCAAGUUCAGGAAAGAGUCCCCAUACCCACGGAUCUAGCAAAAAGUCUCCCCAUACCCACGGAUCGAGCAAAAAGUCUCCCCACUCCAAAUCGUCAAAGAAGUCUAGCAAAAAAUCCCCAAAAACCAAAAAAUCAAGCAAAAAGUCAAAAAAAUCUCCCAAGAGCCCCAAAUCCGGGAAGUCGAGCAAAUCUAGCAAAAAAUCAAGAAAGAGAAGAAGAGGUUAAAAAUCAAAUAAUCAGACUGAUCUUAUGAUGACGGACGAAUCAUGACUAUAAUUCUAAGCCUUAUAAUUUUAAUUCCUUAUAGUUCAUUUUAGCUAGAAGCGAUUCGCUUUCAAAACUCCUUCUGUAAACUGGUCUAGUUUGAUACCAACGUUCUAUGAAAGAUAAAAAAUUACAGCAUAGAUGACCUCUAACUUGCAUGACUUCAUUCUUCCAAUAUUUAGUAGCUUAAUAUAUACGUGCGCACCAAAACGUAACAGAUCUCAGAUAGAUAAAAAAAAUUCCUGUCCACUUUCAAAUAUGCAAAAACCUUUGUUUUGGCUGUUACGAUUAAAAUAAGUAUAAAACUACAACAUACAACUUCCAUUGGCAUUUAGAAUUUGUUUUAGUUCUGAUAUAGUUUUUUAUUCAUGUUGAUUCGGAUUAAUCGAUGAACAUAACUAGAAAGAGCUUAAUUUUACAACUGAUUUCGUUUGAAUUCUAGUGAUAUUUGUCAAUAUAGAUUCUAACUUUUUCUCGGUUGCUUAUCUAGCAAUAUUUUUGUAGCCUAACUGUUCAGUGACGCUAAUAUUUGCACAUCUUUUGACUAAUUUCAUGCAGUACAUAUAUUUUUUUCGAGCAAUUUUGCACUCUUUUAGUUUUUUUUUCUCAAUAAA